GAAAGGGCAUUGUUGGUCGGCGUUGGUGCAGCAAAUACGGGCAGACGUCAGGGGAUACAGUACAGCUUGCAAGACUCCCUGGAAGAGCUGGCAGGCCUGGCAGAGGCAGCAGGGCUGAAGGUGGUUGGGACCCUCACGCAGCACAUAGAUCCAGAUGCACAGACAUACCUCGGGCCCGGCAAGGUUGAGGAGAUGCUGCAGGCUGUGGCCAGCAGAGGGGCCAACACAGUCAUCUUUGACGGCGAACUGAGCCCGCGGCAGCUCAGGAACCUGUCGCGGAAAUGUUCCCAGCAGACGCGCGUCUGCGACCGCACUGCGCUCAUUCUGGACAUCUUCAAGCAGCGGGCCUUCACAAAGGAGGGCCAGCUGCAGGUGGAGUAUGCGGCGACGGAAUACCAGCUGCCGCGGCUGACCAGGAUGUGGACGCACUUGGAGCGACAGAGCGGCGCCGGCAAAAUGAAGGGAAUGGGGGAGAAGCAGAUUGACGUCGACCGUCGGCUGCUGCGAUCGCGCCUGGCUAUUCUGCGUGGCAGGUUGGAAGAGGUGCAGCAGUGCCGGGAGCAGUACAGGAGGAGCCGCGCUGAGCUGGCGGUGCCGCUGAUAGCACUGGUCGGCUACACAAACGCUGGCAAGAGCUGCCUCAUGAACGCGCUCACAUCAGCGGCCGUGCUGUCAGAGGAUGCGCUGUUCGCCACUCUUGACACCACCGUGCGCAAGAUAAUCCUGCCCUCCGGCCUCCAGGCGCGCCCUCAGCGCCAUCACAGUUCCUCCUGCCUUCUCGACACGGUGGGGUUCAUCCAGAAGCUGCCCCCGCAGCUGGUGGCCGCCUUCCGCGCCACGCUGGACGACAUCAAGGCAGCAUCGGUCAUCCUGCACGUCGUCGACUGCAGCCACCCGCUCGCUGCUGCCCAGGGCGAGGCCGUGCUCAAGGUGUUGAAGGAGAUUGGCGCCACAGAGGUCCCGAUCAUCACUGUGUGGAACAAGAUGGACCUCGUGCGCGACCCCGAGAUGGUGGCGACGGUGGCGGGUGGGCGGCAGUCGGUGGUGUGUGUUUCUGCACACACCGGCCAGGGCGUUGACGAGCUGCUGAACGUGAUUGAGGAGCAGCUGAAGGCGUCCAUGGAGUUUGUGCACCUGCUCAUCCCUUUCUCCAAGGCAAGUUCACUCUGGGACGUCUUGCUGUGGAGAGCCAAUGCUUCUUAUUGUAUUGGCAACAUCAUCCACGGCAGUGUUUGCUUUCAUUUGCAACACCGUCCGUGCAUUGUUUGA